AUGGUUUUAUUUCCUCAGAGUGGCUUUGGUCGAUUUCUAUUAUUUGUGAUCAUUUUAUCCGUAAUCUCAUAUUUAACUUUAAAUAUUGUUUCUUUUGCUGGUACAUCAUGGAUUACAUAUACAGAUACAACAAUUCGUUUUGGUCUUUGGAGAGUUUGUGAUACAUCAUCAUCAGGUCUUUGUAAUCAAUGGGCCGAUAGUACUUAUACAUCAAAUAUUACAAAUUUUGUCAUGGGAACAUCAAAGCCAACUUUUAUUCAAUCGUGUCAAGCUUUAGAAAUCAUUUCAUUAAUCUUCUAUAUCGUAGCUGCUGUAUUGAUUAUCUUUGGUAUAUUAGAUCUAGGUGGAUUAUCUUAUGUUCUGAUGUUUGCAGCUGCUGCUGCUCUUCUAUUUAUUUGCAUUGUAUUUAUAUCAGCAACAUUGGGUGUCAUGUCUGUUCAAGGACGAAGUGGUCACAUUGCAUAUCUUGAUUGGGCAUGGUGGAAUGGUCUUGUUGGACUUAUUAUGACAAUUGUUUGUUUCUUUGCAUUGAUCAUUUUUAUUCUCGAUAUGAAAUUUUCUCCGACAAAUUCUCAUAUUCCAACGAGAACAAAAAAAAGUGUUCAACAAAAUGUAUGGGGAAAUGUUCCAAUAGGUCCAUAUGGAAUGGCUCCACCUAUUGUUCAACCUGAACCUUAUGGAAUUAGUCAACUAGUCUAUCCAAUGUACAAUCAAUAUCCUUAUGAACCGAAUUCUUAUGCGCAAAAUUAUUCAUCUGAAUAUGUUCCACCACCAGCAUUACCUCAUCAUUAUGAUUAUAAUAAUUAUUCUCAACAAGCUCCAUAUUAUCCAGUAGAGAAUCCAAUGAUAACAUAUGGAAAUUCUUAUUAUAGUCAACCAUAUUAUUCUGAAAGUCCAUCACCAUUAAUCACCGCAUUAGCUCGUCAAUAUGUUUCUGAUAUAAAUGAUGCUCAAUAUCGAAAUCAUUUGGCUGAUCCAUACAUCAUUAAUAAUUAUCUUUAG